AUGAGCUUUUCCAACUCCCGCCUGAAAGGCUUUGGUUUCGGUAAACGCAAGUCAACUGCCAGCAUCCAAACGCCCGACCCGAACCAGACUUCCAGCCCGACCCCUCCUCCACAAGGUGGUCACCCUUCCGGUGCCCCUCAAAUACCGCAGCAACUUCCCGUCCGACCAGGCUCGAUCGCCUCGACAUCGUCCGCCUCAAUCGCUCCGAUGAAUCACCCAGGUUCCGGCAAUCGCCCACCGAGCUACUCGGCCAACUACCCUCCCGGCGGUCCUCCUCCCAUGGGCCGCACAAGCCCUAUGACCGGUCACGGCCCGGCUCGCACCCCGCCCAGCCAGAUGGUUGGCGGUCCCCCGCCCAUCAACACCGGCGGCGCUCCCGUCGCCGGCUACCCGCCUCAACUUCCUCCCGUCGGUGGUCAGGGGCAUCCGAUGGGCGGUCCUCCUCAGUAUGGCGGCGGUGGUGGCGGCUACCCUCCCCAGGGUCCUCCUCAGGGCCCACCCAUGGCGCAAUACCAGCGUGGAGGCAAUGCGGCCGAGGUUGAGGGCAACAGCAGGAGUAAGGCCCAGCUGAUUGUCGGUAUCGAUUUUGGAACGACUUUCUCCGGCGUGGCCUUUGCUUUUGCCACGAACAACGAAGCGAAGGAGGAUAUUAUUACGGAAUGGCCUGGCGCCGGAUCAUACACGAAGCAAAAGAUCCCCACGGUUCUCUACUACGAUCAGUACCAGAAGGUUGUAGGCUGGGGCCCCGAUAUUGCCGAUGCCCUCGCGCCUACUGGAUACCCGAAGCCCGGCGUGCAAAAGGUGGAGUGGUUCAAGCUGCAGCUUAUGCUGUCUGGCAACACAUAUAUUGACCCCAUCAACCUGCCCCCUCUGCCCCCUGGCAAGUCCGAGAUCGAUGUCGCCGCCGACUACCUCUUCAAGCUCCGUCAGGCGAUGCGCUCUGCCCUGCAAAAGACCCUCGGCGAGGUCUUCAACCGUGAGGAGCGCAACAUCCGCUACUACCUGACCGUCCCUGCCAUCUGGAACGAUGCUGGCAAGGCCGCGACCAGAGCCGCUGCUAUCCAAGCUGGCUUCCUCAAAGACGAGAACGACAACCGAUUGACGCUAGUUUCCGAGCCCGAGGCGGCCGCCAUUUUCUGUUCCAAGACUGGUCUUUUGAACCUGAAGGUGCACGACGCUGUGCUGAUUGUCGAUUGCGGUGGUGGUACUGUCGAUUUGAUCGCUUACGAGGUCGAGGAAGAGAACCCCUUCACCGUGGCCGAGUGCACGGCAGGAUCUGGUGACUCGUGCGGUUCAACAGCACUGAACCGCAACUUCAGUAACAUUCUGCGCACCAAGAUCCGCAAGAUGAAGCUGCCCGAUGGAUCCAAGACCGCCGGCCGUGUGUACGCCAAGUGUAUCAUGGACUUUGAGAACCGCAUCAAGGCCGAUUUCCGCAAUAACGGUCAGAAGUGGGCUGUCGACGUUGGUAUCGAGGCCGAGUUCCCCGAGGCCGGCAUCGAGGAGGGCUACAUGACCUUUACCAACGAGGAGAUUCUGCAGUGCUUCGAGCCCGUUGUUAACCGCAUCCUCGAACUCGUUAGAAACCAGAUCAUCGCCAUCCAGGCCCAGAACCGCACACUGCAGAACAUUCUCGUCGUGGGCGGUUUCGGUGCCUCCGAAUACCUCUUCCAGCAGAUCAAGCUCCACUUCCAGUCCAAGGUCGUCCGUCCCAUGGAUUCCGUCGCCGCCAUCGUCAAGGGUGCGGUUACCGCCGGUAUCACGGAGCGUGUCGUCACCCACCGUGUCGCCCGUCGCCACUACCUCAUGGCCACCCUGCAGCCCUUUAAGGAGGGUUACCACCCAGAGGCCUACCGCGUGCCGUCCCUCGACGGCAAGGACCGUUGCAAGUUCACACGGCAGAUCUUUGUGCAGAAGGGUCAGAAGGUCAAGAUUGGCGAGCCCGUCAAGGUCUCCUUCUUCCGACAAGUCGCCCCCGGCGCUACGCUCAUGUACGAGGAUAUUCUGUACGCCUGUGACGACGAUGUCUGCCCCGAAUACACCAAGGACCCUCGCAUCAAGGAAGUCGUUACUCUCACUUCGGAUCUGUCCCGCAAGAACCUUGAGAAGGACUUUGAGAGGAUGGACACGCCACAGGGCACAUUCUACCGCGUCUACUUUGACAUUUACCUGACACUCGACGGAUCCGAGUUUAGCGCAGAGCUUGUCUGCCAGGGCGAGGUCAUGGGCCGCUGCAGAGCGCGCUUCAGGUAA